CCCCCGGUGGCGGCCCAGGUCGGGGCGCCCCUUGAGCUGCUGCCCCAGCCCGCGCCUUUCGACAACAGUUCCAAGAGGCCUGGACUGCGGACACUGAAGAAGAUGGGCCUGUCGGAGGACGAGGAUGUGCACGCCAUGCUGCAGGGCUCGCGGCUGCUGAAGAUCCGCUCGCGGAAGUGGCACAAGGAGCGGCUGUACCGGCUGCAGGAGGACGGGCUGAGCGUGUGGUUCCAGCGGCGCUUCCGCCACUCGCCCUCGCAGCACAUCUUCUUGGUGCAACACAUCGAGGCCGUCCGGGAGGGCCACCAGUCGGAGGGUCUGCGGCGCUACGGUGGCGCCUUCGCGCCCGCCUGUUUCCUGAACCUGCGCACCUGGAUCCACUUCCACCUGCACAAGGCCGAUUCCAACCAGGACAGUCACAUGAGCUUCAAGGAGAUCAAGAGCCUGCUGCGCAUGGUCAACGUGGACCUGGACGAUAUGUACGCCUACUGCCUCUUCAAGGAGUGCGACCACUCCCACAAUGAGCGGCUGGAAGGGGCGGAGAUUGAGGAGUUCCUGCGGCUGCUGCUGGAGCGCCCCGAGCUGGAGGACAUCUUCCACCGCUACUCCGGGGAGGACAGCGUGCUGAGCGCUCCGGAGUUGCGGGAGUUCCUGGAAGACCAGGGCGAAGAGGACGCCACCCUGGCGCACGCCCGGCAGCUCAUCCAGACCCAUGAGCUCAACGAGACAGCCAAGCAACACGAGCUGAUGACGAUGGACGGCUUCAUUAUGUACCUGCUGUCGCCCGAGGGGGCCGCCCUGGACCCAGCCCACAAGCGCACAUUCCAGCCCAUGGACCAGCCCCUCGCCCACUAUUUCAUCUCUUCCUCCCACAAUACCUACCUGACUGACUCUCAGAUCGGGGGGCCCAGCAGCACAGAGGCCUACGUCAGGGCCUUUGCCCAGGGAUGCCGCUGUGUGGAGCUGGACUGCUGGGAGGGCCCAGGAGGGGAGCCUGUCAUCUACCAUGGCCAUACGCUCACCUCCAAGAUCCUCUUCCGAGACGUGGUCCAAGCCGUGCACGACCAUGCCUUCGAGACGUCCCCAUACCCCGUCAUCCUGUCCCUUGAGAACCACUGUGGCCUGGAACAGCAGGCUGCCUUGGCCCACCACCUGCGCACCAUCCUGGGGGACAUGCUGGUGACCCAGCCGCUGGACUCCCAGGACCCCAAGGCACUGCCGUCUCCGGAGGAACUGAAGGGCCGGGUCCUGGUGAAGGGGAAGAAGCUGCCAGGGGCUCGGACGGAGGACGACCGGGUGUUAUGGGACCGGGAGGAGGAAGAGGAGGAGGAGGAAGAGGAGGCCGAGACCACAGAGCAGAAGCCUCGGUGGGCCAAGCAGAUCUCCCCAGAGCUGUCUGCCCUGGCGGUGUACUGCCAUGCCACCCCCCUGAAGAGCCUGCGCCCAGAUGUCGAGCAGGCCCAGCCCUGCCAGGUCAGCUCCCUCAGUGAGCGAAAGGCCAAGAGGCUCAUCCGAGAGGCAGGGAACAGCUUUGUCAGGCACAAUUCUCAUCAGCUGACCCGCGUCUACCCGCUGGGGCUGCGGAUGAACUCGGCCAACUACAGCCCACAGGAGAUGUGGAACGCGGGUUGUCAGCUGGUGGCCCUGAACUUUCAGACGCCAGGCUAUGAGAUGGACCUCAAUGCCGGGCGCUUCCUCAUCAAUGGGCAGUGUGGCUAUGUCCUGAAGCCGGCCUGCCUGCGGCAGCCCAACACAACCUUUGAUCCUGAGUGCCCUGGGCCCUUCAGAACCACGCUCACCAUUCAGGUGCUGACUGCACAGCAGCUGCCCAAGCUGAAGGCCGAGAAGGCCAGCUCCAUCGUGGACCCCCUGGUGCGGGUUGAGCUCCAUGGGGUGCCGGCAGACUGCUCACGCAAGGAGACCAACUACGUGCUCAACAACGGCUUCAAUCCACGCUGGGACCAGACCCUGCAGUUCCAGCUGCGGGCUCCGGAGCUGGCGCUGGUCCGGUUCGUGGUGGAAGACUACGACGCCACUUCCCCCAAUGACUUUGUGGGCCAGUUCACACUGCCUCUGACCAGCCUGAAACAAGGGUACCGCCAUAUCCACCUGCUCUCCAAGGACGGGGCUUCCCUGGCACCAGCCACGCUCUUCGUGCACAUCCGGAUGCAGAGCUCCUGAAGCCUGGGCCCGUCACCCUGGGGUUCGGCAGGUGCCGGUCAGGCGCCUGGUGAGGGGCUACAGGAGUGCAGCGCUCAGCCCCCCACCAGCCUCUGGUCUCCAAGGGCGGCCUCCGCAGAGCAGCUGAUGGGACUUAGGCACUCUGACCUCGGGCCCUGGAUGGCCCAGCUCCUCAGAUCCUCGCCCUUGCCUUCCGAGUGGCUCAGGAGGAGGCCGAGCUGUUACUGCCUUGGGGCCUCCUGCCCUCCAGCUGAGCCAGGAGGGCAGCCACCCCCUGCACUCUCCAGCCCCCAGCUCUUCCCAGCUGGCCACCUUUCAAGCUCUUGAACCUGAUCUCUGUCCCUGGUGGAGUCAGGAGCCUGAGGCUGGGUGGGAAACCUGCUGGGGGUCUUGAUGUGUAUCCUACUAGAGGCCAGGACAACAAGACAGGCGUUUUCCAAAUAAAGCAGCCCGGCUACCCA